AUGAUAAUUUAAUAAUUAUAUUUGAAUUUUUUGGUUAUAAUUUAAUUAUUUAUAAAAUUUGAAUAUAGAAGAUUAGCGAUGGUUUUAAAAAUAUUUAAGUCAUUAUUAGUCAAGAACAGGAACUAAGAAUCAAGUGAUAUUUGACGGAGACAAGAAGAACUCGAUCAGAACUUAUAACGGUAUCAUUUUUGAUUGACCAAUUAGAUAAUGUGAAUAACAGACAAGGAUUCAAAAUAGGUUGGGACAUAGAUUAAACAAGAAAGGAGGAUUAUAAAAUUGCAGGCAAGGUUGGUUAAGACCAGAGAAACAACAAUGCUGCCUAUUAAGGAAAUGUCUAUUAAGCCGAAGUAUUCAAUAAUAAUAUCAGUAAAAAUAAGACGACGAUUAUCUGAAGUAAAUGUACUACCAGGAGAUGCUCAAGAAGCAAGAGUAGGCUGGAGUCUAACACAAACAGCCAGAACAGUAUUAUUAAGAUUCACUCGACCAAUACGGGAAACCACAUGGAUCUUAUAAUUAUAACAACUAAGACAAUCUCAAUCUUGAUUACUAAUAACCAUAACUAUUGUAAUAAUCCAAUAAAUAUGAUCAUUAUCAAUAACCCAAUGAUGAUGAAGCACUCUACUAAAAAGUAUGUCCCUUAGUUCAAUUAUUUAGUAUAAAUAAGGCAACAGUGGCAACAAGGUCUAUUCUGCUAAACCACCAAUUCAACAGUACAACCCAAUCACUGGAAUUGCUUAUGGCGCUUAGAAUACUCAGACUGCUUAUAAUGGAGAUCCCAAUUCAUAUUAGAGAAAUAAUCCAUAUGAAUAACCGCAAUAAGAUGAUGCACUCAGCCAAUUUAGUUAAUGUAUUUGAUACUAUCCUAAUCAAUAGUAUAAUAGCAUAAAAUCGCAUCGAUGAAAAACAAGAAUUCCAACAUUUUCAAUGUCGAUCUCCAAGAGACUGAGAAUAUCAAUAAUGCGCGUUAAAACAGCAGAAUUUUGAAUCGCAAGAAAGAAUUGGAUGAUGCUCAAUACAAAGGUUAUGGUAAGUAAGUAUUGUAACCAUAGGACAAUUCUACAACAAUCCUAUUGAAUAAGCUCCAAGUCAAUACAGGGAAUAGAAGUUUGUCAACAGGAACAAGGUUGACAAUCGCAUAUUUCCAAAAUGA